UUUUAUUACCUAGUUUAUUAAUUAUAACAUUAUGAAACAACUUUGUUUUGUAUGAAAUUAAUAAUUAAAAAUUGAAGAUUCAGGAUGUCUAUUUUUAACGUUAAACAUUGGGCUUUUUUAAAAAAAGGUGGAAUAGACAAAUUUAUUUUUAAAAAAAGUUGACUUGAAUAGAAACUACAUUUGUUUAUUUGAAGGAAAAAAAAUUUUUUACAAAUUUUAAAAAUCAUGUUGCCUGCUAAUACUGCGAUUACUUUAUUAAUUAUGAUGCUUUUCUGCAUUAUAUUAAUAAAUUCCAUAGAAAAUAUACCGGGAAAAAAAGUUCAAUUAGUCAGUGUGGUAUUUAGACAUGGCGAUCGUACUCCAGAUAUUGUAUAUCCUAAAAUGCCUUAUACUGAUAAUAAUUUUUACCCAGACGGCGUUGGAGGAUUAACAAAAGAAGGCAAAGAAAGAGCUUUUACACUUGGAGUAAAAUUGCGUGAGAGAUAUAAUGAUUUUUUAGGAUCAAUUUAUAAUUCCGACGAUGUUCAUGCUCAAAGUACGGAUUACGCAAGAACAAAAAUGACAUUACAACUUGUUCUUGCAGGAAUAUAUCCUCCAAAUCAUGAACAACAAUGGAAAUCAGAUUUACAUUGGCAACCAAUUCCAACAGUUUAUGUACCUGAGAAAAAAGACAAUCUACUUUUGAGAACAUAUUAUUGUAAAGCAUUUUUAGAUGCAUAUGAAAGCUUAAAAAAGGAAGCAGUGAUUCAGGAAAGUCUAAAAAGAUUUGAUCAGAUUAAGGAUGAAUUGUCUUACACAACAGGAUGGCCAAUGAAUGACAUAUACGAUCUUUAUACACUUGAUUGCAAUCUUGUGUGUUUAAAUUAUAUGAAUAGGAUACUUCCCAAUUGGAGUGAUAAGGCAUUUAAUCUUCUUAAUGAUUCAACUUUGACAACUUUCAAUUUAAUGAAUUAUAAUAAUCAAUUGAAAAGAUUGAAUGGAGGAGCACUUUUAAAAAAAGUUACUGAGGACAUGGAUUCAGUUGCAAAUGAUGGUGGACAAAAAGAGAAAUUAUUUUUAUACAGUAGCCACGAUCUCAAUGUUUAUGCAAUGUUGGCAGCUCUAAAUGUUGUUGAGCCACAUCUUCCACAUUUUACAAGUGCAGUUAUAAUAGAACUUUAUACAAUCAAUGAAAAGUAUUACGUUAAUGUCUUACACUAUUUGGGUAUUCCAUCUGUAAUGAAGUCAGUUGAAAUACCAAAUUGCCCGUCACCAUGUCCAUUAGAAACAUUCAACAAAAGUAUUAAAGAUGUCAUUCCAUCUGAAGAAGAGUUACAAUGCUAACAGUAUUAAAUUGUACCAUUUCUCGUGUUAAGUUAUAUUUUAAUUUAUAUAUAAUUAAUAAUUUAUAUGUACAACUAAACAAAAUACAUUUGAUAUUAUUGAACAGGUAAUAAAAAAAAAUUUUCAUCUACAAA